CCGGAAAAACAAUAAUGAUGAUGAAGACGAUGAGGAUUGUGAUAUUGAAACUGGUGAAGAAGGUGCUGACAAGCAAAAGGAAAAGGCCAAGAAGAAGAAAAAGAGAACUUUUAAUGUUGAAGAAUUUAAACUCCUUCCUUUUCUCAAUACUGAUUAUUUUGACCCAUUACGAAAAGCGGUUACCUAUAAGAAUAUUAUGAACCUGAUGAUCGGUGUGUGUUUCCUGAAAGAAUCAUCGAACAAAGUUUUACAGAGGCUGCGGAGCAUCCUGUCAAUGAGGAAAUUUUCUAUAAUGACAUGGAUCCCUCGAUGA